AUGGCGCAUCAACCAGGGUUAUCCGCAUCGACCCCCAGCACCGCCGCCAAGGGCGUUCACCUCGGGAGACGUGUGCAGACGCCCGAGUCAAUAAACCGGCUCCAUCAACCAUUCAAGUGUCCCGGAUCGGCGGCCCGAAGCGCUGACACAACUCGCCCCUCAAGAAAGCGGAAACGGGUCGACUAUAAGGGCGCCGACGGCGAGGUCGACGACGACAAACCAUACACCAACGACGACCGGUUGGCACUUGCAACGCGUGACGCCAACAGGUUUCCUGUCUUCCAGCCCAAGGAGAAGGGAUUCGUUUUCCGCAAGACCUUCUCGGUCCCUUUCAAGGACAAGAACCAAGGUGCCUGGAACCCAAGCCGCCCUCCCCCGACACUUGGGCUUCGCCAGGGAGCCGUCUUUGCGCCGAAGCCACUUCAUGACCCAAGUGGCGAAUUUGCCAUUGUUCUCUACGACCCUACCAUCGAUGACAAGUCCAAGCCGGUGGACAAUGGCAGCGAGGAUAAAGUCGCUGCAGAUGCCGCGCCCAGCCAGACCCUGGACGCACCCGUUGUGCACAAAAGCCUGGCGGAGAUUCUCGGUAUCAGGAAGAAGAUGGACAAGGAUCAUCCGCGUGUCCCCGUUGUUCUCGACCCCAAACUUGCCAAGAUACUACGUCCCCAUCAAGUGGAGGGCGUCAAGUUCAUGUAUAGAUGCGUGACGGGCAUGAUCGAAGAGCAGGCCAAUGGAUGCAUCAUGGCGGACGAGAUGGGGUUGGGCAAGACACUUCAGUGCAUUACCCUCAUGUGGACUUUGCUCAAGCAAGCGCCAGACGCGGGCAAGUCCACGAUACAAAAGGCCAUCGUUGUCUGCCCGGCCAGUUUGGUCAAGAAUUGGGCCAACGAGCUCACAAAAUGGCUGGGUGCUAACGCCAUCACGCCUUUUGCAAUUGAUGGCAAGGCCAGCAAAGAAGAGCUGACUCGUCAGCUUCGCCAAUGGGCCAUCGCGUCUGGCAGAUCUGUCACGCGGCCCGUCAUCAUUGUCUCUUACGAAACGUUGCGACUGAACGUUGAGGAGCUCAAACACACAAAGAUCGGCUUGUUAUUUUGUGAUGAGGGUCACCGCCUCAAGAACGGCGAUAGCAACACAUUCAACGCCCUCAACAGCCUCAACGUGUCACGUCGAGUCAUACUUACGGGAACGCCCAUACAGAACGACUUGACAGAGUAUUUCUCACUUACAAGCUUUGCAAAUCCCAACCUGCUGGGUUCCCGGCUCGAGUUCCGCAAGCGGUUCGAGAUACCCAUCUUGCGGGGCCGCGAUGCCGAUGCGUCCGAGGCGGAUCGCAAACGAGGCGAUGAAUGCACGACGGAGCUACUUGGCAUCGUCAACAAGUUUCUCAUUCGACGCACCAACGACAUAUUGUCCAAGUACUUGCCGGUCAAGUAUGAGCACGUCGUAUUUUGCAACCUCGCUCCCUUCCAGCUUGAUCUGUACAAUUACUUCAUCACGAGCCCGGAUAUCCAGGCCUUGCUUCGAGGCAAGGGUAGCCAGCCACUCAAAGCCAUCAACAUCCUCAAAAAGCUAUGCAACCACCCCGACCUGCUGAACUUGUCGGAUGAUUUGCCUGGUUCGGAGGGCUGUUUCCCGUCGGGAUACGUGCCCAAGGAAUCGCGUGGCCGUGACCGCGAACUCAGACCCGAGCUAUCUGGCAAGAUGCAAGUGCUUGCCCGGAUGCUCGAGCGCAUCCGACAAGAUACCAAUGACAAGAUAGUCCUCAUCAGCAACUAUACGUCGACACUGGACCUUUUCGAACGCAUGUGCCGGUCCAACAAGUACGGCUGCCUUCGGCUUGACGGUACCAUGAACGUGAACAAGCGCCAGAAGCUGGUCGAUCGGUUCAAUGAUCCAGAAGGCGAGGAGUUUGUUUUUUUGCUGAGCAGCAAGGCCGGUGGCUGCGGCAUCAACCUAAUUGGGGCAAAUCGUCUCGUCCUCUUCGACCCGGACUGGAACCCAGCAGCGGACCAGCAGGCUCUCGCUCGAGUCUGGCGUGACGGCCAGAAGAAAGAUUGCUUCGUGUAUCGCUUCAUCGCCACUGGGACCAUUGAGGAGAAAAUCUUCCAGCGUCAGUCGCACAAGCAGAGCCUCUCAUCGUGUGUCGUCGACUCUGCCGAAGACGUAGAGAGACAUUUCUCCCUCGACAGCCUUCGUGAGCUGUUUCAAUAUCGACCGGAUACGAAUAGCGACACGCACGACACGUUCAAGUGCAAGCGAUGCAAGCCGGACGGCAAGCAGUAUAUCAAGGCACCUGCGAUGCUUUACGGGGACACGAGUACGUGGAAUCAUUUUGUCAACGACGGCCUCCAGCCGAUCCAGGAUCUUUUGCUGCGACAAGAGCAUGCCCAGCCGGAGGUCUCCGCCGUCUUCCAGUACAUAUCGCACUGA